AUGAUUUACGGCCACUCGUGUAGUGCCGUCGCGAACAAUGAACGGCUCGGACCACAUCUCAAUGGCCGGACACUUUUGUUGACCAUCCGGGUAAUUGUCCACACUUUUGAACCCACUGUUAUGUCUGAGUAUGACAUCGUGCGGCCACAGAUUGAGGUAAGUGUGGCCACUGUUUUGCCGCUGCAGCGGACAGUCUUCGUAUUGGACGUGUCCGGCAGUAUGUCCGGAGCCAAGUGUGAGACACUGCACUUGGAAACCCUGCGCUUCAUAAACCGCAUCAAUGAUAAUAACCACGUGGGUAUUGUGUUGUUUAACGAGAAUGCGUGGUCAGUGCAUGAAGUGACCAUGGUCACGGGCGCAGCGGUUAGAGACGGUCUCGUGAGGGCAGUUCCCGUGCGGGCCGGCGGUGGCACUGAUAUCGGCGCCGGGAUUAUAGAGGGGUUGGCGGCGUUCAGACGGGCCAGUGUUGACACAAAUGGCGCGAAGAUGUUUGUGGCCACUGAUGGCGAGCAUUGCACCGGUAUUGAGGACUAUGUGGGCUAUGUUUUACCCCAAUUGAUUAGCGCGAAGGUAAAAGUGUAUUGUCUGGCAAUCGGUGUGAGCGCUGACCACCGAUUGGAGAGAUUGUCGACCGAAACCGGGGGUCAAGUGUUUAACUUGAGUCGAGUGGACGCCGAGAGCCGCGAAAUGAUGGCCCGCGUAAUGGAGGCCGCGAUGAAAGAAGUCGUUACGAGUAAAGAGAUGGCAGAAGUGGUCACUCAUACUGUUCUCAAUGAAGUUGUUAUCAUUGGUGACAACACCCGCACCGCUCGUAACAGUUAUGAGACUCGAGUUCCCAUUGAGGCCGACAUCGGACGCAACACUCAAAUACAUGUCCGCUCCGAAGCCAUCAACGAUAUCGUUGUAGAGAUCACCGGCCCGUCGGCUGCUGUCUAUAGCACUUCCGGCGGAGAAAUUAUGAAACGAUUGGAUCUGAAAGAGUGCGUCCUAUUCAUGGACUCGACUGAAUCCGGUCUUUGGGCUAUCAAAGUGACGGCACAGACAUCGGACACAGUUAGGGCCCAUUUGAUUGUUGAGAGCAACCCCACCGGCGCUCAAUCCAUUGAAUUGCAAGUGUUUUUGCGCGCACCGGAAGGCAACUGUCCGCCAAUAAUCUCAUGUAAACUGUGUAAAGGCAAUGACCCGAUUGUGGGCGCUAUAGUGACGGCAACAGUGGACAGACCGGGCGGUACGCAGACUGACCUCCCGUUAAACUUGUAUCACAACUCUGGCUAUUAUUACGCCUACUUUACCGACUAUAGCGGCGCCGGCAGAUAUAAUGUUAGCGCACUGGCCGUUAAUGAUGGUAACAAUACGACUUACCAUGGUAAUUAUAGAUAA